ACCCUACCCCUACCCCCACCCCCUCCACCCUUGCCUCUUACCCCUACCAGUACCCACCCUCUCCUCCGAACCCAUUUUCAAGAAUGCCCUAAAACUACUCUCAAUCACCACCGCCACCGCAAGAACACCAUCACAAUGUCAUAUAACGCUACCCACCGGCGAAACCUAUCAGUUCCCACCCCUCAAACAGCCAUAGAUCCCACCACCGCAAACCACCACCCACCUCCCUCAACCACUAUCCAGGAUAUAUCCACUCACUUCUCAAGAUUAUACUUGAAUCACAAAGCUCGAUCCUUUUCAAAACCCUCCAUUCACCCUCAAGCUGAGUUCACCGUCUCCCACCGCCUCGGCCUCGCCGCCGCAUCUUUGACCAAAUCGCAGAGUCAAAGAACCAGAGGAAACCCGCAUUUUAUUAACGAGGAGCAUCAGGAAGAAAGCAUCAAGAAAGCCAUUGUAAUUAGCAACAACGAACCCAGGAAGAAUGUAAAUUUAUUGCCAGGAAAUCAAGAAAAGAUGAGGAAAUUACAACAAGGGUAUGGGAUAAAGAUGCAAUCUUUGCCAUUAUUUGGAUUCGAUAGGGGCAAAAGAAGAUCAUUUGGGUGUAGCUCGAAGGGGGAACUAGCCGAUUUCUUGAUCUUUAAUGGCGUCAAAGUGGUGUCUGCUGACAUGCCUCCAUUCAUGCAAAUUCAUGCUGUGGAUAUAACAAGAAAGACGUAUGAUAGCUUGGAAAAAUUCGCUGCAAAGACGCUUGCUUCGACUCUCAAAAAGGAGUUCGAUGAGAUUUAUGGACCAGCAUGGCAUUGUAUUGUUGGGUUGAAUUUUGGGUCAUUUGUGACACAUUCAGUGGGUGGAUUCUUGUAUUUCUCCAUAGAUCAGAAGCUAUAUGUUCUCUUGUUCAAGACUUCAGUUCAAAGAGCACAUUGACUAAAAACUUGACCUAAAAAUAUUAUAUAAUUCGUAUCAAUGAACAAGCUGACAACUGCUUUUUCCCCUGGGUAUAAUUAGGUUGGGGAAAAGGUGAAGUGUCCUACCCCUUAUGUAACCUGCCUUGUACAUUCAUUAUAUGCUUGAGAAAUUAUUCCCAAUGCAAAUAAGUGCAACCACUUGUUAAAAUGAGUUGUACCUUAUGCAUCAUGACUAGUAUCUUAUGGAUUAAUUGUUGUACUUUGGUUUUGAAGUA